GUCUGUGAAUGCUGGUAUCCCAUGACCCUGUGGUCAGGGAGGCCCGGCAGGAAAUGAGCGGCGGGCCCAAGGCAGCUUGGGAGGUGGCUGGGGCCGCCGCUGCUUUUGCCAAAGACAGCGCCAACCGAGGGCCUCUCCAGGGGACUCACCCACAGUCCUUCCAUCCCCUGGUGUCUGGGGUGACAGGCACGAUGACUGACUCCCCAUUCCUGGAGAUGUGGCAGUCCAAGCCGGUGUCCGUCCGCGGUCGACUGGGAGUCAGGGACCAGCCCAGUGACUCCUAUUGCUACAACUCAGCCAAAAACAGCACCGUGCUCCAGGGGGUCAAAUUCGGUGGCAUCCCCGUUGUUCUGCUCCUAGACGUCAGCUGCUUCCUGUUUUUAAUAUUGGUGUUUUCCAUCAUAAGAAGGAGAUUCUGGGAUUAUGGGCGCAUUGCCCUGGUGUCAGAAGCAGGCAGUGAGUCCAGUUUCCGGAGAUUGUCAUCGUCCUCCACGGCAGGGCCACAGGACUUUGAGAGUGAGCUGGGAUGCUGCCCCUGGCUGACGGCGAUCUUCCGGCUGCAUGACGACCAGAUUCUGGAGUGGUGUGGGGAGGACGCCGUUCACUACCUGUCCUUCCAGAGACACCUCAUCUUCCUGCUGGUGGUGGUCAGCUUCUUGUCCCUGUGCGUCAUCCUGCCUGUCAACCUCUCCGGCGACUUGCUCGACAAAGACCCUUACAGUUUUGGGAGGACAACGAUAGCAAACCUACCCACUGACAACAACCUGCUCUGGCUGCACACCGUCUUCGCCGUCAUUUACCUCUUCCUCACGGUGGGCUUCAUGCGGCACCACACCCAGUCCAUCAAGUACAAAGAGGAGAACCUGGUGAGGCGGACGCUGUUCAUCACAGGGCUCCCCAGACAUGCCACGAGGGAUACCGUGGAGAGCCACUUCCGGGAUGCGUAUCCCACAUGCGAGGUGGUGGAGGUCCAGCUGUGCUACAACGUGGCCAAGCUGAUGUACCUGUGCAAGGAGAGAAAAAAGGCUGAGAAGAGCCUGACCUAUUACACAAACCUGCAGGUGAAGACCGGCCAGCGGACGCUCAUCAACCCCAAGCCCUGCGGCCAGUUCUGCUGCUGUGAAGUGCAGGGCUGUGAGUGGGAGGACGCUAUCUCUUACUACGCCUGCACGAAGGACAGACUGAUGGAGAGAAUCUCGGAGGAGGAGUGCAGGGUCCAGGACCAGCCCCUGGGGAUGGCCUUCGUCACCUUUCAGGAGAAGUCCAUGGCCACCUACAUCCUGAAGGACUUCAACGCCUGCAAGUGCCAGGGCCUUGGGUGCAGAGGGGAGCCGCAGCCAUCCUCCUACAGCAGAGAGCUCUGCAUCUCCAAGUGGACAGUUGCCUUCGCCACUUACCCCGAGGACAUCUGCUGGAAGAACCUCUCCGUCCAGGGCCUCCGCUGGUGGUCCCAGUGGCUGGGCAUCAACUUUACGCUCUCGGUGGUGCUGUUUUUCCUGACCACGCCCUCCAUCAUCCUCUCCACCAUGGACAAGUUCAACGUCACCAAACCCAUCCAUGCACUGAAUGACCCGGUCAUCAGCCAGUUCUUCCCGACCCUCCUCCUGUGGUCCUUCUCAGCCCUGCUCCCGUCCAUCGUCUACUACUCAACGCUGCUGGAGUCUCACUGGACCAAGUCAGGGGAAAACCGAAUCAUGAUGACCAAGGUCUACAUAUUCUUGAUCUUCAUGGUGCUGAUUCUGCCUUCCCUCGGCCUCACCAGUCUGGACUUUUUCUUCCGCUGGCUCUUUGACAAAACUUCCUCGGAGGCCUCUAUCAGGUUGGAGUGUGUCUUCCUGCCCGACCAGGGCGCCUUCUUUGUGAACUACGUCAUCGCCUCCGCCUUCAUUGGCAACGGCAUGGAGCUGCUGCGGCUGCCCGGACUCAUCCUCUACACCUUCCGCAUGAUCCUGGCCAAGACUGCCGCCGACCGCAGGAACGUCAAGCAGAACCAGGCCUUCGAGUUUGAGUUUGGAGCCAUGUACGCGUGGAUGCUGUGUGUGUUCACCGUCAUCAUGGCUUACAGCCUCACCUGCCCCAUCAUUGCGCCCUUUGGCCUCAUCUACAUCUUGCUCAAGCACAUGGUGGACCGGCACAACCUCUACUUCGCCUACCUCCCGGCCAAGCUGGAGAAGAGGCUCCACUUCGCGGCCGUGAACCAGGCCUUGGCUGCCCCCAUCCUGUGCCUCUUCUGGCUCUACUUCUUCUCCUUCCUGCGCCUGGGUCUGACAGCCCCCGCCACCCUGUUUACCUUCCUGGUCAUGCUGCUCACCAUCCUGGUCUGCCUGGGCUACACCUGCUUUGGGUGCUUCAAGCACCUCUGCCCUGUGAACUACAAGACGGAAGAGUUGGCAAGCGACAAAGGAAGUGAGGCCCAGGCCCACGUGCGCCCACCGUACACACCCUACGUGCCCCGGAUUCUGAACGGCUUGGCCUCAGAGAGGACUGCCCUGUCCCCACAGCAGCAGCAGACGUACGGAGCCGUCCACAACAUCAGCGGGACCGUCCUCCGGCACAGCCUGGCCCAGAACCCUGCGGACAGCGUGGCAGCUGCCUACCAGGAGGCCUGAGGGCAGGCAAGCUGCUGGGUGGGCUGGGCCCAGGGAGCCGGGAGGUGAGAAGGCACAGGUAGAGAAGUGGCUCGACAUUGACCUUGACCCUGGCCAAGUUCAGAACUCGCAUCCACUUUUUUAAAGCUCCACUGCCCUGCAAAGAUGGAACCAGCCAGGAAAGGACUCUGGCCCUUGGUUUGGGGCAGGGCUGCCAUCAGGAGAUUUUUAGCAAGAUCGCGUAUUGGAAUGGCGUCCCUCCCGGCUUGUUGGCUGUGGGGCUCUCUCAGGUGACUGGAAGAAUGUGGCAAGUAGAAGACCUCCCCUCUGAGCGUGCAGACAUCACCCUCCCAACCGAUGACCAAAGAGCCGCGGCGGCCCCAGGCCUGAGAUGGGGUCCGGAAGGUGGUCAGGGUCAUCCCGGCCGCUCACCACCCGAUGUAUUCAGCCGUGCACCCCAGGGGUGAGCUGUGGGGGGGCAGAGCUGGCCAGGGCAGGCCCUGUGGGGCACACACACCUCUGCACCCCUUGGCGGUUCCCUGUUUUCCUGUCGUGCUGCCAGUGACACUGUGGUUGGCCCAGGCCACCCUGCAGCAGUCAGGGACAAUGCGAGUGACUCAUAAAGUGCCUCUUCAGCCAGACCGGUGAGACCCAACCUUUCCUGACUCUUCAGGGCCAGUGCGUGGGGCUCCGCCUCCAGCCCUUGACGCCAUCUGUCUGCUUUCUCCAGGGUGGGGGGGAUGACGGGGGAGAGCAGUGCUCAGGGCACCCCUGGAGCCAAGGGAGGACUGUGGCAGGGACAGGAGGAGGGGGCCCCAGGCCGGGUGCAGGGCUCUGCACCGCCCUUGACCUGUGACCCUACAGGAAGGAUGGGCAGUCCCUUGCCUUUUCCUUCCCCAAGGGACCCUGGGGCUGAGACAACUGCGGGCACUUGGCGGAGACACUGCCUUCCUAUUGCCUCCAGGGGGCGCCAGAGUUGCCAGCGGUGGGGCCCAGCAGGGAGGCUGCCUCAAUCCCCAGAGGUGGGCCAGGCAGGGUGGGAACUGGGGCAUUGCUUAGUACCCUGGCUUCUACUCUGCCACUCUGGGCACCAGAAGGGGAACCCCAUUUGGGGUCGAGGCACAAGCAUGUCACUUGGUUUCAGCUGUGGUUCGAAGUAAAACUAUUUAUCAUCAAAGCCA